GUCGGAUUCACGUUUAUAGUCGAAGGAAUGAGGUUUACACCGAGGCCUGUACUCUGGAGCAGGAUUGAUUUGGAAGUGGGGCAAUAAGGGGCAAACAGAGCGUUUCAUGGUAGUCUUAAACAAAUCUACUGAGAAAACAAAAGUAUACACCUCACACACAUGGUUAUGGACUUAAAAAAGAAGACACCAGUAACCAGUAACAUGUCAGAUAUGGUUUAAAUGUAUUCAUUUUUGAGUUUGCAACCCAUUACUUUAAAUACAUCACAGAAGACUGAAAUGUAACAAAACGCCUAGUGUGUUUAUUAAGAUGUCCAAAAAUGUCUCUAAAAUGUCACCUAUUUAUUUUCAUGCAUAUAACUUGUCAACAAGUAUUUUUAUGACCAAAUUCACAUUCUUUAGAGUAGACAUUAAAAAAAUAUGAUUUCAUGCCUGUUUGAUAGUAGAUCCCUGAAUAGUCAAAAAACUCUUCAAAUAGACGUAUGUUUCUAGCACAAAAUAUCUUACAGGUAGGCCCUCUUUCACUCUCUCAUCAUGUCACAAGCGAACAGGCUCCCAGAGGCAGGGCCAUAAAAGGCCCCAGCUCACUCAAGUGCCCCUCCCCUCUCCAACAACCAUCAUCAGCCCAGAACAGCAUGAAGACCGAACAGCUAAAAGAUCAUCUGGGAAUCCUCCCUCCCCCAUGGAGCUUGUUGAAGCUCGUGACACCUACCAUGCACCUACCAUGCACCUACCAGACACCUACCAUGCAGCCUGGGGACGGACGCAUGCAUGCACGCACGCACGCACACACACACAGACAGAGGGCAAGAGGAAGAACUGUCAUUCACUGAAGAUGCAUGAAGGGAAAAGAAAGCACUUUUGCCGACCCUCAGCUAACACUCGAGACAUACACCACAAGUCCACAGCCACUCAAGAUGACCCCAUUGGGACUGGUAUGGACAAUGGUGUGUUUGAUGACAACAGUGUCCUGCCAGAGACUUUCAGAGUCCGACUUCGUCCGCUACCCCAGGAUCAACGACACAGAGGUCCUCACCUGUGAGUGUUCCAGCCGCUCCUGCCAGACGGUCUUCUGGUUCCGCACUCUCCACAACAACCUUGACAUCCAGUUCCUUCUCAGCCUCAACAAUGCUGGCCGGACCAGCCAUGAACCCAGUGUGGACAAACACCGGUUCCAGGCCAGUAAGCGGGAUGGGGGAAGCAAGAUGACUUUCUCACUGCGCCUCAUUAACAUAAGUUCAGAGGACGCAGGGCUGUACACCUGUAUGCUCCAGAACCAGAAAGAGAACGAGCUGUGGAGGCCAGGAGUUCUUCUCAGACCUGGAGAAACUCGGCCAACAUUACUCCCUGUCACAAAGCCGCAGCCCCAAGACAUCCCAAACAGCAUCCCAAACGGCCGCUGCACCAAAAGCAACUAUCAAACCCCAAAAGGCUGUGGCUCCAAGGUUCUCUGGCCGUUGGUUGGAGUGCUGCUGGCCCUGGCUGUGGCUUUGAUCUCCACACUGUACUACUUCAGCCGACUACCCAAAAAGUGUCAACAUCAGUUUGCCAAGAAAGGACCAUUGGAGUAAUUCAGAGCGCCCACACUGCAGACUCAGAGACAGUGCUGUAUUUACUGUAUGUGUCCUUACAGGGAUCUCCUUCCCCUUUAUGAAUCUGAAGCAUCUUACUUUUCUAUUCUUUGUUCAUUACAACGAAGAAACAGCCUGAAGUUCCAACUGUCUAAAAGAAAACAUUUAGGAUUCUGUUCACAAAGUUAAUGUCUCUGGCUAUGGAUUUGUAAUUAAGUAGAUGUUUCAAAUAUAAAAACCUUUCUAUUGAGCAGGUAUUACUCUCAUACGUGCUAGUAUUGCACCAAUGCUAUGCAUUCUGCUGCAGUAGCCUAAUGUUAUGAUUAUUGGAUGUGUAUAACAUGUAUUGAUGAUAAAUAAAAGCUGUAAAAAACAAAAAAUAGAA